UGGUUUUGUGUGAAUCUGCUUCUUUUAAUUAACAAAAAACAGGAGGAAAACCCAGAGAAUAAAAAGAAUCACACGAUGAGAAGAGAAAGAGAGAGGGGGGUUUACAUCCCCACUGUCGGCCAAUCAGAGUGCAGCAAUAACCAGAGAGAGCGAGAGAGAGAGAGAGAGGAGGAGGAGGAAAAGAUGCUGAAUAUUUUUAUAGAAGUUCAGACCAGAGGAGACCUGAAGGAGAAACAGGAAAAUAGAGGAUGAAGAGGAUGAACAGAGAUGAAGGUUGAGCUUUGACCUGACCAAUAAAACCGACUGAGGGAGAAACAGAAGGAGAAGGAGGAAGAGGAAGAGGAGAAGGAGAAGGAGGAAGAGGAGUCCAGAUGUUGAGUGUGUGGAGCCUCCAUCAUGGAUGAUGUGACACCUGGUGGCGCCGCAGGUGAGCUGCACCUGAGGCACCACAACUACCUGGUUCUGAUCCUCGGCUUGCCCCUGAUCCUGGUCAUCAUCCUGGGGAACGUCCUGGUGUGUGUGAGUGUUCUCACCCAUCACUCGCUGAAGACCGCCACCAACUACUUCAUUGUCAGCCUGGCGGUCGCCGACCUGCUGCUGGCCGUGAUGGUGCUGCCGCUGUAUGUCUACUCUGAGGUCAGUGUCAGUGACGACGUCUACUCUUUUCUGGGCGUCUGGACACUGACCACCAACAUCUGUGACGCUCUGAUGACCAUGGACGUGAUGCUGUGCACCGCCUCCAUCCUCAACCUGUGUGCCAUCAGUUCACGUGGGACUAUCAGAGAAAUGAAAAUGUCUGUACUGUAUCACAGGUACAUUGCUGUGGUGGUCCCUCUCCAGUACAACAGGAACCAGUUCAGUGUCCGUCAGCUGGCCCUCAUCACAGCGACCUGGGUUCUGUCUCUGGGCGUGGCCAGUCCAGUCAUCUUCGGUCUGAACCAGGUGCCGGUUCGUGAUCCGAGCGUUUGCAAACUGGAGAACGACCGUUUUGUGGUGUACUCGUCCGUCUGCUCCUUCUUUGUGCCUUGUCCCGUCAUGCUCCUCUUGUAUUACUUGAUGUUUCGAGGUCUGCGGCGGUGGAGCGGUCGGAGUCGAUCUCAGGUGGGUCGGCCAGGUCCAGCUCUCUCCCUGCGUCUCAGCUCACCUCUAGAGCGAGAUGAAACCACGAAAACUAGGAAAGACGAAGUGGUGUACACGAUGCCAACUGACCUCAGCCCGUCCCACGGGGGGACGGUGGUGGCGAAGAGUGACCCGAGGACGGACAGUGUGUCGUACGGAGAGGUCACAGACUGGGGGGAGGGGCUCAGCAGAGAGAUGAAGGACAGCGCCGCUGCAAAGAGAAGAAGAAGAAACAGCAAGAGCAGCAGAGUCAGUGGGAGGGAGCGCAAAGCCAUGAAGGUCCUGCCAGUGGUCGUGGGUGUGUUUCUGGCCUGUUGGACACCGUUCUUCAUCGUCCAUGUCACCAAAGUUUUGUGUCAGUCAUGUGACAUCAGCCCCGCCCUCAUCUCUGUGGUAACGUGGCUCGGCUAUGUCAACAGCGCUGUCAACCCUGUCAUCUACACCGCCUUCAACACCGAGUUCAGGAACGUCUUUCACAAGCUGAUCUGGUGUGGGACAUGAAACUACAACUGUAGGGCUAUUUUCAUAUCAGCCCAGAGACAAAUAUCGUUCUUUGAUAUUUGACAUUUUUCAUGGCGAUGUUCUUUAAAGGUUUUAAAUGUCUGUUGGCUUUUAUUGAUUUAAAAAGAUUUAGAAAACCAAACUGAGAGAAUAUUGUAAUGAAGUUUAUAAUAAUUUUAUCUGUGACGUUAAUGUGAUGACACACCAGAUUAUUUGUCAAAUGACAAGGAGACACAUUGAAAUUUUUUUUUUUAUAAAACCACAUGAAAAUACCCAUGGACUCUCAGGGACAACAGCCAUGGAAAACGAAGGGGUUACCAUGGUAACACGGAGCACACAUCCUCCAACUGCUACAUGUAAUAAACAUGUUGAACAAUAAAAACCUGAUGUGAAGUUUCACUGAUAUUUGAAGGCUAAUUAUCACCAUGUUAACAUGAAGCUACACACCAAACACUCGUUACACACUAUUUGUUAUACACUCUGAUAUGAUACUAUUAUUUUCAAUGUUUUAUAUUAUAUAUCAUUUUAUUUAUUAUUUGAUAUUAGAAAUCUAUGUAGUCUAUGUAUUUUCUCAUAUUAAUAUUUUAGUUAUUUUAUAGUAGAUAUAAUUUUUUUGCAUAGUAACUGGAAUAUAUCGUGGCUGAAGUUUCCGGUUCUAAACCGUUUCACUCAGUUUAGCAUUUUCAUUUUCUCAGGUUCUAUGUUCGGGUCUAACAGAGCAGGUGUAGUAACAGAGCAGGUGAAGUAAAAGACCAGGUGUAGUAACAGACCAGGUGUAGUAACAGACCAGGUGAAGUAACAGAUCAGGUGUAGUCACAGACCAGGUGUAGUAACAGACCAGGUGAAGUAAUAGA